AUGCUUCGGACCUAUUUGCGGUCUGUGUCAGGCCCUCUAAGCCGACAUGUUUGUCUAUCCUGUCUAGCGCGCCCCGGCGCGCCCAGUUUGCGCCAGUUUCACCGUAUAUCUGCACUCCGUACCAACGCAGGUGAAAUCGAGCCGACAACUAAUUCAAUUGACGCGUCGACCGAGCCUUCAGUGCCACCGCCCAAUGGUCAGAUUCCAGAGACGAAAGAUGCUGUCUCUUCCGAACCCCAGAAACCCCAGCCCUCGCGAGCCAAACCGCCACGGCUUACAGCUUCCAUGUGGGCUGGGAUGACUAUCCCACAAAGAAAAAGAUACAGACAUAAGUAUAACUCGGACUUCCACAAGUUCAAGACGUCAAUGUUAGCCAACAGAGACAUCACCCUCGCUGAAGCAGUGAGGUUGGAAAUAGAGCAGGCCGAAGCAGCACAGUCAGGGGUAGUACCAUCAGAUGCCGCACCAUCGGAGGCACCAUCAAAGGCAGCUCCGUCAGAAGCAGCACGGGUGGAAGCAGAAAAAAUCAACGCCCUUCAACAAAAGGCGAUACCAACGGAUGUUGAGGACAGAGGAAAAGUGGCUGAGCAUAAGGAGGAAAAAGAGAACGAAAGUCAACCAGAAGCUGAGAUUCCAACAGACGGCCCAACAGAUACGCCAGCAGCCAAAGAAGCCGAAGGAGGCGGAGCAGGAGAAGUUGGAGGGGAGGAAAUCCCUCGUUUUGUCGAUGACAGCUCUGUAUCGACGGACUGCGGGUCUCUUUCCUCAGCGGACCGCAAGCUGCAAUUAAAACCGGUGCCGGUGCCAAUGCCUCCUGUCCCACGCGUCGCCUUUGGUCUUGACCGAGUGCUUUUCAAUCCCGGUGUCUACCAGCUACGUGACCCUCGGACUCUGGUCUACAAUUUCGACCCCUACCUGGAUCAGAUCAUGCCCGUGACGGAAUUUGACUUUGGUACGUUGAAGCCGUACAUCACCUCCUCUCAAGAUGUGACGGCUUGCCAAUUGACGAAGAAAAAUGGAAAGAAGUACUACGGCUCGUCGAGCAGCAUGACUUCAGUUCUCGCUCAUUUCCAUUAUCUUCUGUCCAACUGGCGGCCUGUCGACACUAGCAGAAUCAGUCGGGGAUUUGAAGACCCCUCACGGGGCUUCACCCGUAUCCUUCGAGCGCCGGCUGCCAUGUUCCUUCAUUACAAGGCGGACGAGGAUGUUUACGCCAUUGAUGCGGACAAGGAAUAUGACUAUGCCAAUAUUCUUAUGAACCUGGGCAAGUCGAUGGAGAAGCAACUCACGCUGCCAAAGGAACAGUUUGAGCGCUAUCGCCGCAGUGAUCCCAACAAGAUCACCGCCGAGGAAGAAGCAACCGUCCCGGAGUCAUACCACUACAGCACCUUUGGUAAAUUCUUAAUGCGAUCGCAACUCGAUGCCUACGAUCCCAGACUGCCAGGUACCGGCAUGUUCGACUUGAAAACACGUGCGGCGGUUUCAAUCCGCAUGGAAGCCACCGAUCACAAGCGCGGGAUGGGCUACGAGAUCAGACGCCAAUAUGGCAAAUGGGAGUCUUUCGAACGCGAAUACUUCGACAUGAUCCGCGCCGCCUUCCUCAAGUAUUCCCUGCAGGUACGCAUUGGCCGCAUGGACGGUAUCUUCGUCGCGUACCACAACAUCGAACGCAUCUUCGGUUUCCAAUACAUCCCUCUCUCCGAGAUGGAUCAGGCCUUGCACUCCUCGCCCAACACCACGCUCGGAAACAGAGAAUUCGAACUAAGUCUCGGUCUGUGGGAGAAGAUCAUGGACAAGGCAACACAGAGGUUCCCCAAACAGUCUCUGCGUUUCCACUUCGAGACCCGUGAGUCCAAGAACGACGAAACAUGGAUGGACAUCGUCGCGCAGCCCGUCACAAGCGAGCAAAUCGAGACCAUCCAGAACACAAACAAGGCCCACAUCGAUGCCAUCCAGGACCGCCUCAUGAACCCGGAUCAAUACAUCGACACCAACUACGAGAGGGCGGCCGUAGGCGAAGGCGAACCUCUCGGUCGAGAAGAGGAGGGUUCGGAGACCGAGACCCUCGAUCCGGAGGAUAAGUUCACCGAAUACGAAUCCCUCCAGGCAGAGAAAUCAACCGAACCCGAUUCCUUCUACCCCGCUGAAAAGCCAACCGAAGCCGAACCCUUCGUGCGAAAGGAGGAUCCCUCCGCCCCAUCCCUGGCAGACCAACUAUUCCCGAAGGAGGAAGGCGAUGAGGAAUUCGACGACGAAGCAUACGAUACCUCCUUCGAACUUCCUGAUCUCGAACCAAUCAGGCCAGCCAGAACCAAGACCGUACCUAAGCGCGAUCCCAAUGAAUUCGGCCCCCUCGACCAGAACCUGCUCGGCAUGACACUUGUCGUGCGUAGCAAGGUCAAUGGAGAACCGGUGGAUCGGCCGACGUGGAUGGCCGAUACGGAUGAGUGGUCGGUUGACUACGAGCUCACGGAGCUUGAUGUGAGAGACAGUAACACUGUUCUGCGGGCGUGCAAGAGACGGCGCAAUAAUGCGUUGAGAAAGAACGUGCAGGAUCAUAAUGAGGCUUUCUUCGCGACUUUGAAGAAGGUGACUGAAAGAGGACGUCGGUACCGGAAGCGGUUGGAUGAGAAGGAUCGUGAGCGUGGCAUUCUUGUCUACCAGGAUUCUUGUAAGAUGUGA